GUUGCUGGAGUCUGCGCGCGAGUGGUGCGUCACCUUUAAGACGCCUGCGACAUUUUUUCUCCUCCAGCUUCCCCGCAAACCGUCGGGCGAAAGAACCGCGGACUCGCUGCAAAUGUCUACCGCAGUAAACGCUCACCUGCCGACCGAAGGACGCCGGACUGUGGACUUGCUUUGAAGUUGAUGAGUUAAAAUUUAAUAUUUUAAGUCGGCCGACCGUAGCGGCAGUGGGGGCGAGAGAGGAGGACGACCCGGGCUGCAGCCUCGCGUGGAGGAGGGGACGGAGCGCGAGAGGGGUGUAUACUCAAAAUGCUUUCCCUUUAAAACAGGGGGACACGACGGUGGGGAGAGAUAGAGGGGGAGAGAAGAGAUAAAAAAAGAAAAGGAAGAAAGACAGCAAGGGUGGGAGGGAGAGCGGGAGAGGGAUUUAGAAAAAAAGAAAGAUGCCAUUCUCUCGAUUGAAAAACCGGGGCGGAGCAAACGACUACAGCCGAUCCAGGGCGCGCUAGCCACGGAUCCGAUUCGACGCCACAUCGGGGCUUCGAGAGAUGCGACUGGGGCCUGGCAGGAGAGCCAAUAAAUAAUUGCAUCCCCACGAAUUAAGUCCAAGAUGCUCAAUUAAACGUCUUAUUACACGUGUGCUUUUUAUAUGCAAGUAUUACUGAAUUGCAUGACUGUUUCCAAACCCGUUAGCCUGUUCCAGUGGGGUUGCUGAAAUUAGAUGUGUAUCAUAAUUAAAUGGAUCCCCUUGCGUUUCGUAUUCACUGUCAAAUGCAUGAUUGACAGAGGGUCACAAACGACAGUCGUGUUUUUGGUUAUUUGGGUAUGAGUUUGGUAUUGUUUGGCGAUCACAGGCUUUCUAAGACAUAAUUAACACUGGAGGCUGAUUGGCGCGCGGCCUUGAUGUGAAAUCAGUUCGCGCGUGUCCUCAGUAAACAGAAACGCGGAGUGUGUCUUUCACCCCGAGCACCGCGCGCACAGCCGCAUCUCUCUCUAAUUGACUCGUUCCCCUUUGAACUGAACAUCACGGAACUUGCCCUGUGCCAACCGGAGCUCCUGUGACUCCCACGCCCCCGAUUGCCUCGAGGGCCACGCGCUGGCCGGUUUACGCCACCUGAGGAACGAAUCUCAGCAUGGACGCCACGUGGAGUAAUUUCCUGUUCCAGACCCCGCCCCCCCAGGCCCCAACCGAUGGAACCAUCCAAUCAGAUCUGCUGCCGGAGCUCACGGGCUCCGCACACAGCCCCCCUCUGGAGCACGUGGAGGAAACCCCGCCCUCCACGGUGGACACCGCCGCUCUGAGUGAGGACCCUGCGCCUGUGAAGCCGCUGGUGUCACGCUCCUCCUCCGGACUACACAUCUGCUCCAUCUGCAGCAAAACGUUCAGAAACGGCUACAACCUGCGGCGGCACCAGGCCGUGCACACAGGCGUCCGCAUGAAGGACCGAGCCGCCCGCGGAAUGACCGGGGUCAAGGGUCAAGUCCCGCUGUCCCUGCUGCAGCUAAGCCCCGCCCCCCAGCCCCCCCUCGCAGACACGCAGGCCGAGACGUCAGCCGGCACCAUGACGACCGCCACCAUGGUGACCACGCAGACUCUGACCACAGCUGUGGUUGUUGCUGGGACGAUGGUCCAGGUAUCCCACGGUGCCGUGCGUAAGAACCACGCGUGCGAGGCGUGCGGCAAGGCCUUCCGUGACGUCUACCACCUGAACCGCCACCGUCUGUCCCACUCGGACGAGAAGCCCUUCAGCUGCCCCAUCUGUCAGCAGCGCUUCAAGCGCAAGGACCGCAUGAGCCACCACGUGCGCUCGCACCAGGGCGGCGUCGAGAAGCCCUACGUGUGCCCACACUGUGCCAAGGGCUUCUCCAGGCCAGAUCACCUGAACAGCCACGUCAGGCAGGUGCACUCCACAGAACGACCCUUCAAAUGCCCGACUUGCCAAUCAGCCUUCGCCACUAAGGACCGCCUCCGCGCUCAUCUGAUUCGUCACGAGGACAAGGUUCCGUGUCAUGUGUGUGGCAAGCUGCUCUCACCUGCUUACAUCACCGAUCACAUGAGAGUCCACAACCAAUCACAGCAUCACGUCUGCCACCUGUGCAACCGCAGCUUCACCACGCUGACGUACCUGCGUGUGCACGCUCAGAAGCACCACGGGGGGGAGUGGAAGGAGGGUGGGGGGGGGCGGGGGGUGGGUGGAGUCCUGCUGUGUCAGCUCUGUGGAGUUCGCUGCAAGACCCCCACCCAGCUGCAGGGCCACAUGGGCACCCACACACACGCUGACACACACACACACAUGGGCAGCCACGCAGACACACAAACACACACCGACACACACACACACACGGCCACCCACGAAGACCCACACACACACACACACAUGGGUGCCCAUGCUGCCCAUGACCCCGCCCGUGACCCCUCCCAUUCCACACAAAGCCCCACCCACACCAUGUCCAGCGAUGCCCCGACCACGCCCACCAGCACCAGCAUCACCGUUACCGCCGGCAACACCAGCGUCAGUCUGCUCGUCACGGACUGUUCCAGCAUCACACACACCCCGCAGAGCUAACACACACACACACACACCCCGCAGAGCUAACACACACACACACACCCCGCAGAGCUAACAC